UCUGAAGUCUGAUGGUAAAUUAAAUUGAAACAUGAUGUUGUGUGUGUAUUUCAGUGCAGCGGAUUUGUACAUAAAAGACUACUUGCAUCCCUAUGUAGAAGAAGGUCAUGAAUAUGCAAGGCCAUUACGAAUUUACUAUCACAAACGCUGGGUUGCUACAGUGAAUGCAGUGGUGCAAAAGUACUGUCUCAUUGAUAUUACUGGUGGUAUGAAAUCCUUCAGAAUUCCUACUUUAGAAGAUAUUAAAAAACAUCGUGUAAUAGUGACCACCUUAAGUACAUCCAUGUAUCUUUCAAGCCUUGGAUUACAGAGAGGGUUUUUUUCUCACAUUCUUUUGGAUGAAGCAGCCCAGGUAAUGGAAUGUGAAGCUAUUAUGCCAUUAGCAUUAGCAGAUGAUAAAACUCGAAUUGUUUUAGCUGGAGAUCAUAUGCAGCUGAGUCCAGAGUUAUUUUCUCAUUUUGCUAAAGAACGAAAUCUCCAUGUUUCUUUGCUAGAAAGAUUAUAUGAUCAUUACCCAGCAACAUUUCCGUGCAAGAUCCUAUUAUGUGAAAAUUAUAGAGCACAUGAAGCUAUCAUUCAGUUUACUUCAGAACUCUUCUAUGAGCAAAAGCUCAUUUGUAGUGGAAAACAACCUCGUCAUGAUAAUUUUUAUCCUCUCACCUUCUUCACAACUCGUGGGGAAGACAUUCAGGAUGUUAAUUCUACUGCAUUUUACAAUAACUCGGAGGUGUAUGAAGUGGUGGAACGAGUCUUAGAAUUAAGAAAGAAAUGGCCUCCAUCCUGGGGGACUAUUGAUGACCAGAGCAUUGGAAUAAUGACGCCUUAUUCAGCACAAGUAUUUCGUAUUCGAUCGGAACUACGUAAACGAAGGUUAGGAGGAAUAUCAGUGGAAAGAGUAUUAAAUGUACAAGGUAAUUCUUUGGAACACUAG